AUGGACAACAUCGGAAAGCUCGGCUCCAACCUUGCAGACAAAGUCAAGGGGGGCAACACUGGCGGCGGCAGCGGCGGCGGCAGCGGCGGCGGCGGCGGCCAAACAGAUUACCUUGACAAGGGUCUCAACCAAGUCGAGCAAAAAUAUGGUGGCGAUUACUACGAUGCCGAGAAGAUGAAAGAACCCAACAAGAAGAUCACCGACACGGUCAAGGACAAGUUCCACGACGCUACCGGCCACAACUUGCCCGGCACGAAAUAA